UACACAUGGACCAUUCCCACAGGAAGUUGCCGAUAAACUUAAUUGAUACGGCUGGGAAAAAUUUGCACUUCCUGCAUCCAAAACAGAGAUCAGUCAUGUGGGUUCCUCAAGAGAAAGGAGACCGGGGGAGAGGCAUAUAAAAGAGUGAGGGACUUUGGAGGAAGAAGAGAAGAAACAACCUGUGACCCAGUGCCAUCUUCUCCACUGCACUUUCUCCACCGCCCUCCUCUGGAUCUCUGACCGGUGUGAGCUGCACAGACCUUUGCUCCUUCCUCUUCUGACUCUCCUCCUGGUCCCUGUGACUCCUGCUCUGGUUGGUCACCUGCUCUCCUGCCACAGCAUGCAGCUCCUGGUGAUGUUAGCAGCUCUCAUGGGGGUUGUGUUCAGUGUUCGAGCAGCGGCUCUGCUCCCUGUGGACGACAGGAGCCCCAUGCAUGUGAGCAGGGAGCUGAGCAAAGAACGCAAGGAACUGAUCCUGAAGCUGGUGUCCGGGUUGCUGGACGGAUCUCUGGAGACCAACAUGCUGCCCGAAGAAGCAGUGUCUGUGGAUCUGGAGGAGCCGCUGGAGCCUCGUCUGGAGGAGAGGGCAGUCUACAACAGGUUAUCACUGCCUCAGCGUGACCGCAAAGCCCCCUGUAAGAACUUCUUCUGGAAAACUUUCACCUCCUGCUAACAGCGUCCACCUCCCGUCCACUUCAACUCUGUCCACUUGAUGUGCUCCUUCUCUCUUUGCACCAUAUGAACUGUAGUUGGCCUCGACUUUACAAAUUAUCUGCGUCGAGACAUGCGGCAUUUGAUGGACUUCACCGAGACAGUGUGUCUGUGUGAACAUUAUUUAUCUGUUUAUGUACAAAAAUGUAUGUAUUUAAGUAUGUAACAUUUUAUUUAAGGCUCCAAAAUAAAGCAUGGAUAUAAUGAUUGG